UUAUAGACGAAGCAAGGAGGGACUAUUCCAAAUCCUUUAAGUGCAUUUUUCGCUCCUUUGUCCUAAACAUCAUGCUUUGGAGGUGGAAGUGAAAAGUUCAACUGGAAGCAGCCUCCUAGUUUUACUGUCAUACAGCGGUUUCACAGGAAUUCCACGAGAGGAAGACAAGUGAGGAAUUACCGGAGGGCGAAACGUACCAUUAUGCGCAAUUACGGUGUGUGCACCGCACACUUACCAACUUUAUUGGCUGGAGAGAACGAUUGCGCACUUGCGAUGACGUGUCGCAUUCAUGAGUUCUGCGAUACCGUAAUAAGUACCUACAUGGAACACUUAUCAAGGCAUACCUGCAAAGCUUACCUGUCCGCGAAAUCAACAAAAGUAUUUGUAAUAUUCCACACCUCGCAAUCCUGCUGCAAUAAAGGAACUGAGAAAGGGUAUUUACAAAAUACAAGUCACCUAAAUCGCCUGACCACAUUAGCUUUACCUAAUCCCGUUUGACACCGACAAAGCUAACCAUACAGCCAACGGCCGCAGCUUGACGAUGCGUGACUGCAAACACCUGCAUGGACAAUCGGUUGGAUGCAACCAUGACGAUAUCAUACAGACGGUCGGCAUAGUUCCACGACGUUCUGAGUUUUUCUCUGGCAAGGGUUCUUCAUACCAAAAGCCACUAACGUCUGUUUAACAACUGCGCG